GGAAUUUGGAAGGGUGUAUGUUUUGUGUAUGCUGCUCAGCUAGGCUCACACACAUUAUAUCGCUGAGUAUACUGCUAGUGUACACCGGUGACGAGCCAGCAGAAUUGCCGGUCAUUCGUCGGUCAGGCACUCAGUCAAUCGGUAACGGGCGACUUGGAACGGUGCCCAGGAAUUUCCAAGUUUGGCUCUCGGCCCAUCCACCCAGCUGAUCGAGUCGACUCUGGAUAGGAAUAACUUCUCCCUUCACCCUGGAUUGUAUAUGGCCCCUGUUUUUCUACCCACCCACCUCAUGUCGCCGAUGUAGUGAAUUUCUCAUGUUGGUUUUUAUUUAGAAACUUCAAUGAUUCUUCAGCCAUGUGUACCUUCAAUGUAAAUACCACUCUAUUCGCUGCAUUUGUUUUGGUUUAUUUGGUGUCGGUUCGUUUGGUGCAGGGUUUCAACUUUAAAUCCGUCCAUUGGACGACUCACGGGUCGGAGCGUUUGGCGGAAUUAUCCGAGUAUGAAAUCGUGACACCGGUUCGUUUGGACGGCCACACUGGGCUACCGUUGCCGUCCGACGGGGCGACUCGACAUUUCCAGAAACGGAGCGCCUCGAUUCCGUUGGACUCCGAGGAAGACGAUUUUGACGACGGACCUCAGGCGACUUUCCUCCUGGGAGCCUUUCACCAACAGUUCCAGUUGAACCUAUCGAGGGAUAAUUCCUUCUUUUCGCCGUCGUUUGUGGUGGAAUUUUUGGGGGACGAUGAUGAUGAGGACACGGAGGAUUUAGACACGAGCGCGCCGCUGCACUGCUUCUACCGGGGCGUCGUGAACGGCCAGCCGGCGUCGUCGGCAGUCUUCAGCCUGUGCGAUGGCAUGCAUGGACUAUUCCAAACCCCUGAAGGGACGCAAUAUUUUGUUGAGCCUCUGGAAGAUUCCACUUCUUCAGAGGAGGGAAGCACGCGACCUCACGUGGUGUAUCCAACCACAGCUCUUCAGGAUUUGAACAAGAAUUCAGGCUGUGGAUUGACUGGUAAGUGA